AUGUCAAGCGAAAUAUUACAAACUGGAUUACAAUUAGUUAAAUCAGCAAUUGAUGCAGAUAAUCAAAAAAAUUAUUCAUUAGCAUGUAAUCUUUAUGAUCAAGCGGUUUUAAAUUUAAAAUUAGCAUUAGUAGCAGAGAGAGAACCAUCAAAAAAUGCUUUAAUCUCUUCAAAAAUUGAAGAAUAUUCUCAAAGAAAUAAAUUUAUUAAAAAUUUAUUAUCACAACAACCACAAUCAUCACAACCAUCACAACCACAACAAUCACAAUUUAGUUUUCCAUCUGUACCUUCAUCAAUUUCACCAUCAAUAAAUCAACAACAACAACAACAACAACAACAAAUUAAUAAUAAUAAUAAUAGUAUUUUAUCAUCAUUUCCAUCAGCAGGUAAUACUAAUAAUAAUAAUAAUAAUACAAGUAAUGGAUUUUCACCACCAAAUUUAAAUAAAAAUGAACAACUUUCAAAAUUAAAUUCAUUAUCAAUUGGUAAUAAUCAAUCAACCAAUAGGCAAUUAAGCAGAGUUGAAGCAUAUGAAGCAGCUAAAAACUUUUCACUUAAAGGUCGUAAAGAAGAAGAAGUUAAAAAUUAUAGAGGUGCAAGUCAAUGUUAUGAAGAAGCAUGUAAUUAUUAUUUAAUGGCAAUUAAAAGUGAACCUGAUCCAACUUUAAAAAAGAAUCUUAGUGAUGAAGCUAAAAUUUAUUUAGAUAGAAUAGAAGUACUUAAACCAUUUGCUGCUUCUCAACCACAACCACAACAACCUCAACAACCUCAACCUCAACAACCUCAACAACAACAAUUUCAACAACAAUCAUAUAAUAAUAAUAAUUCAACACAAUCAAUGUUAUCAUCAUUUCCAUCAUUUAAUGGUAGUACAAAUAGUUUAAAUAAUAGUUUAAAUAAUAGUAAUAAUAAUUUUAAUCAAAUUUUAACAAAUUCAAAUAUGCCAAUUGCACAACAAAAUUUUUUACAAAAUCAUCAAUUUAAUCAAAGUAAUAAUUCAUUUAAUAAUGCAACAUCGUCAUUACCAUUAACAUUUAGUGGUGAUAAAUGUGCAGCAUGUGAUGCAUUACUUUCGACCAAUUCUAUUAAAGCAUUGGAUAGAAAUUGGCAUGCUGAAUGUUUUCAAGUUUCAAUUAUUUGUGCAGGAUGUCAAAAACCAUUUGCUCUUUCAAAUCUUUCAUUAAAGGUAAAGGAUAAUCGAGCCUAUCAUCCAAUGUGUUUUGAAUCUACCACUGGUUUAUCACAAGAGGAAAUUCGUACAUUUGUUGGAUCGAGUAAACAAUUAUUCUUUUCAAUUCAAUUACAAAGAAAAUUCUAUAGAGCCGGUGAAACCAUUCAAUUUGGGUUCACAAUUGAUAAUGGUACAACUAAAAAAGUUGAAAAGGUUGUAGCCUAUCUAUUAAUGACCGAAACUAGAAUGGAAAUCACUGGUACUGCCUAUGAAAGAAAACCAAAAAGAACCAUUAAAAAAUUGGGUAGAUGUGAAUUUCAUCAUUCAAAUCGUUUCCCAUUAAUUAAAGAUCGUUUCGAAGGUGAUUUCUUUUAUUCAAUACCUCCUAAUAUUUUACCAUCUGAAGUAACUGGUGUUGAUGCUUCUUUUGUUCGUGAAUAUCAAUUAAUUGUAAAAUGUGUUGGUCCACCUUUAAAAAUUAUGACUGUAAAAUUAAAAUUUAAUUUAACAAUUUUAGAUAAAUAA